CUCCCGCUCUGCAGUGCUUGCUUUGCUUUGGCUGAAGAUACAGUGCAUCCGCUCAUCUGUGGUAAGCGGCAGUCAUAUUUUGACUGAACUCACGGAGUUUGUUGUCUUCUUAAAUUUUGCAAAAGAGUUUUAAAGAGUGGAAACGAAUAAGGAUUUGGAGAUUUCUUAUUAAUUCUCUGGUGCAAUUCGACGCGAUAUAAGAGACAAUGACUCAGUUCAACAAGGGCCCAUCAUAUGGGUUAUCUGCAGAAGUGAGAAGUAAGAUUGCUCAAAAGUAUGACCUGCAGAAGGAAGAGGAGCUGCGCUACUGGAUCGAGGAUGUAACUGGCAUGCCAAUUGGAGACAACUUUCAGCUGGGUCUGAAAGAUGGCGUCAUACUUUGCGAGCUGAUUAAUAAACUUCAGCCAGGCUCCGUCAAGAAAAUCAACCACUCCAAACUUAACUGGCACAAGCUUGAGAAUUUGGGCAACUUCAUCAAAGCUAUUCUCACUUAUGGUCUAAAGCCAAACGACAUCUUUGAAGCCAACGAUCUUUUUGAGAACGGAAACAUGACUCAAGUCCAGACCACACUUCUUGCUCUGGCCAGCAUGGCAAAAACUAAAGGUAUAGACACGAAGGUGGACAUUGGCGUGAAGUACGCAGACAAGCAGACUCGCCAAUUUGAUGAUGAUAAAAUGAAGGCUGGUCAAUGCGUGAUUGGGCUUCAGAUGGGGACAAAUAAAUGUGCUAGUCAGGCUGGGAUGACUGCUUACGGCACCAGAAGACACCUGUAUGAUCCGAAGACUCAAACAGACAAGCCCUUUGAUCAAACCACAAUCAGUCUGCAGAUGGGCACCAAUAAAGGAGCAAGCCAGGCUGGCAUGGCAGCCCCAGGCACCAGGAGAGAUAUUUUUGACCAGAAAGUAGCUGUCCAGCCUCUGGAUAACUCCACCAUCUCGCUUCAGAUGGGCACCAACAAGGUGGCGUCUCAGAAGGGCAUGAGUGUUUAUGGGCUGGGCAGGCAGGUGUACGACCCAAAAUACUGUUCAUCACCCACUGAGCCCGUCAUCCACAGCAACGGGAGUCAGGGCACCGGCACAAACGGAUCAGAGAUCAGCGACAGCGACUACCAGGGCGAAUACCAAGAGGAAUAUCAGGAUGACUACCAGGCAGACUACCAUGACGAAUACAGAGGCCACUACGACCACGGCAUUGACUAUUAAACCGCUGGAUGGAGCACGCCACAAUGAGGAAUGUUUUUGGAUCCGUGCAUCAACAGAGUGAAGGCUUUUUUCCCCUCACUGGCCUUUUUGUUUAAGAGACAAAACAAAAGCAGAUGUUUAAAGAGGAGCUUGUAUCUUCAUUCCGCUGUGGAUUUACGCAGUAUUUUAUUAGGUAACUAGGGAUUUUAAAGUUUAGUCCUUUUUAAAAGUUGAGGAACAGUGCGUGUCAUGUCAUUUAUGACGUCUUCUUGACCACGCUCUGUAUUUAUACUUUUAUGUCAGCCUUGAUGUAAACAGAUCUUAAGCAUAUUGCUCUGAAUCUGAUGGGGUUUGGUUAAUCUUGGCAUGGGAAUCUUUUAAAGAUUUAAUGUAUGCAGCAUUUAAAAGUUCCCAUACUACAGUGCACGGUGGGGAAGGAGCAGACAUCCAGAAAGAUUAUGCGGUUCCCAGGCUGAUUUAAGCAUUGGAGCAUUGUGGCUUUUCUAAUGUAUUUUUUUACUGCCUGCCUGUAAAUCCUUUGACCAAGCAAUGCAUUGCUUAAGUUUGCCAUAGGCUCAGUAUAAGUUUAGAUCUCUUAUCCAUCCUCAUGUAUUUAUUGCCAAAAUUGCUCAAUAGAGACCCCAGUCCUGUUGAAUGGCUAAUUUUUUUUAAAUAAAGUUUUUAAUUUUCCAUUCA